AGUGGGACUUGGUGGUAUGUAUCUGUAAUCCCAGCUACUCGGGAGGCUGAGGCAUGAGAAUUGUGUGAAUCCAGGAGGCAGAGGUUGCGGUGAGCCGAGAUCACGCCACUGCACUCCAGCCUGGGGCACACAGCAAGACUCCGUCUCAAAAAAAAAAAGUCGUGCUAGGCGGGCCCCUGAGACUGUCCUGACUGUCCCAGGGGCACAGGCUCCAGCAGGCUGCCUGUCUGUGGUCCAGGCUUCAGGAACCCCCUGGUCUUGGGUGUGCGGGGGCUGGGAAGUGGCUGGGGGUGCACAGUCCCACACCUGUCAUUCACUGAACAGGCAUUUAUUGACAGCUUGUGGUGUGUCAGGCCCUGUGCCCAGCUCUGGGAGUCAAGGGUAACCUGAGAGACUCAGGCCACUUUGGGAAAACGAAAUCCACCCCAACCACACUUAGCGAGUCGCCCUGGCCGGGCCUGGGCUGCCCUCCAGUCGGUCAGCUGGACUGAAUUUCCAGGCGGCCAAGCCGUACGCCUCCCAGACCCUGAUCUCCAGUCUGCACAGGCCAGGUAUCUGGAGCCUGGCCUAGUGACAGGCAUCCCCCAGGUGGGAGGAGGGGCUGUCCUGGCUGUGACCUGGAUAUCAGAUCCAGAGCUGAGGGGGAGGCGCGGGGUCAGGAGGGGAGGCGUUCUGAGUUUCCCCUGGCCAAGGCUGCAGACAAGGGGCGCAGACAAUCGGCACAUUGUGAGCAGGGGCUGCAGGAUGGAACCAGCGAGCUGCUGUGCUGAGUGCCCCAAACCUGGGCCUACAGGGGUGAAGACCAAGCCCUCCUGCGGGGGCUGGAGAGCCGUGGGCCUGCUGCUGCUGCUGCUGGUCGCUGUAGGGGUUGUGGCUGGAGGGCUUCUUGGCUUUGCUCAGGGCCUUCCCAAGCCAAGGCUGCAGACACUGCGAAUGACCCUCCCGAGCCCCCAUAUGCCCCGGCCCAACCAAACCAUCCUGGUGGACGUGGCCCGGAACGCAGCGACCAUCACAGUGACCCCACCUCAGAGCAACCACAGCUGGGUGGUGCUGUUCGACGGGCAGAGCGGCUGCAUCUGUUACCGCCCUGAGGAGCACCAGGCCUGCUUCCUCCGCCUGAUGGAGGACAGCGAUCGGGAGACGCUGCAGCUGCUGGUGGAUACCUCCAAGGUCCAAGAGGCUUGGGUCCCUGCCGAGGACAUCCACCACACCCAGGAGCUGCUGGCAGUGCAGGGGAGCCUCGAGGUGGACCCCGCCCAGGUGGGGGCUUUGGUGCAGCGCCUGUGCAUGAGGACCCCCAUUUACUGGGCCUGGCGAGCAGAGGGUGAGUCAGGACCGCUGUGGGGGAAGGCCAGGCUCUCAGGAUGGUUUGAGGAGCUGGGGGCGGAGCCCUUGGAGAUUCACAGCGCCCUCGCCACAGGGCCCUGGAGACAGCGGCUGAUUUAUCUCUGCAUCGACAUCUGCUUCCCGAGCAACAUCUGCGUGUCGGUCUGCUUUUAUUACCUCCCAGACUGAGCCCCCGACCUGGCCCAGCCCGGCCCCUGUCCCCAGUCCAGUGGGCUGGCCAGGCCACCUGCACCAGGGAGGACAGCUGCCGGCAGGGACUAAUAAACCCUUCCACCUGGCCAUGGUGGUGGUGCUCUCUAUGGACUGAGGCCCUGAAAUGCGGGCAGGGAGGGGCAGAG